UUGACUUUAGAAGCCGACAACUUCUUCGUGGCAGGAGACUUCUUCGCGGCCGGCGAUGCGGCGACUGGAGCCGGAGUUGUAGCAACGGUGUCCGUCAUGUUGAUGAUGAAAUUGUUCAAGUAUGUAUUUAAAACGAUGGAUAAUUCCACUGUUCACUGCGGUGAUACCAAAUGGGUUAAAAAAUGUGUAAAUAUAUAUAGUGCACCGUGCCAACUAGUAAACCAGUGUGAUUCGCGUCGUCCUCCGGGCUACGGUUGUACAAUCAUUUUUCUCAAUAUCUCAACGGGAAAUGGCGGUAAAAAUCUGGUUUUGAACUUUUUGGAAAGCUAA